UAAAAUUACUAAUACAUGCACUUGAACUCGAUACACAAAAAAUUAAAUUACAUUUCAUUUAAUUACCAAAGCAGAUCAGCGUCUGCGGCAUACACAGAGCCACCAGCGGAUUGUGAGAGAGAGGUGCUGCUGGAGAAGGAGGCGCGAGAGAACGCCCUGUUGGAGGUGGCCAAGUGUUAGUUCGAGGAGGCGGAGAACGACACGCGAUUGCAUUUGCAGCGCAACGAGGUGGAACUGGAGAUCACACGGCAGCGGAACGAGGAGCUAGAGUUCAGCAAGGACGCAUUGGGGGCCAAGUACAAGGACUGCCACGCCGAGUCGAUACUGAGAGAGGAUUUGGGUGCGGCGGAGACGCAAUUGGAGCAUCUGCACGAGGAGCGUCAGCGAACGAAGCGACAAUUGGAGGCACUGCGUCGAUCUCUGCCACUGCUGUUGAUCUGUCGCCUGUUGGCUCUGGCCAAAAUGGGCAACGACAUAUCCACCGCUAGUCCCAGUGCCCGGGAGGUCAGCUUCCUGCGGGAAAAGGUCAAGGUGCUGCGCAGCCACGUAAAGCAUCUGAAGACCUGCCUGAUGCGACUGACCAAAGAGUAUAACGAUCUGCUCCAGCCCCAGGAGCAGCUGGAGGCGGAGCAACAGAUGGCCGUGGCCCUGGAGAACGAGAAGCGACGCUGCCAGGCGCUGAUCGAUGACCUCAGUUUCGCCAAGAAGCUGCAGGCGAGAACCGAGGAGGCGCUGAAGCAGGAGGCCGAAGCUCUGCGCAGCCAAAUGUACGAUCUGCGCAAGAGCUUCAUGCACAUCGAAGUCACCAAUGGGGAGCUCAAAGAGGAGGUGGGCACGCUGGAGAACAAGAUCCGGCAGAUGGAGUCGCAAUUGAAGGAGUCCGAGGAGCGUGCCCACUGCCUGGAGGAUGAGCUGCGCACCAAGGAUGAGCUGUGCCACCGCAUGGAGCGUGAAAUUGGAGUCUUGCCGGAGGGCUUUAGUCUCACCCACGAGCUCUACGACAGUCCGGCCAAGCGGGCCAAACGAGAGGAGAUCAAGGAUUUGCAGUCCGCAAGCCUGCAACUGGGCUGUGUCCUGUGCGACGUUGAGGAACAGCGGCAGAGCGAGGCCGAUACUCCCACACACAAGGAGUUCCAGGUGAUAGCAUGCAGCGUGAAGCAGCUGGACCAAAUACUCGCAGCCAAGAAUCCUGAGGACAUGGAGCAGCCAGAGAUGGAGCAUAAACAGGAACUCUUUUCGAAGCGACGCAAGCGGAAGAUGCUCAAACGGUUCAUCUGGAGCCGCAUCUUUCACGGCCGAGUGCGCCGCCGUGCGCUGCAGCGGAGUCUGUCGAGCAACAGCUUCUACUCGAUGUUUUCCCUUCACACCGUCCACUCGGAUACAUCGAUGCUUUCCUUCCGUUCGCAGCAUGCGAGUUUGGAGGCAGCGCCAACUGCCACGGCCGACUACGUGUCCAUUGUCCAAACGGAGUCAAUAUCCACUUGCGUCCAGGCGGUGCAGACCGAGCUCGAGACCUCAGAGUGUUACACUCAAUGUGACCGUGUGGAUGUGGAGCAGCGUCUGCUGCUGCUGCCGGAGCGGACGCGCCGAUUUGUGGAGCUGCUGCAGUGCGACGCGGAGGAUGUGCAACGCUUCAGGGCCAGUCUGCUGCAAAUGUGGGAGAGCAGGGAGUCCUUUCGCGAACACAUCGAACUGGUGCAGGAUCUGUACUGGGCACAGCUGCCGCCACCCGUGGAAAGCUUGGAGGUAUUUGCCAGUGCGAUGGGAGCUGUGCGCGACUUGGCAGCGACCAUGCAGCCGAAGUCUUCAUUUACGCUGAAAAAGAUCGAGCAGCGUUUCAACGAUCGCGUGCUGCACUUGCACUGCGAGAUGGCGAAGAAAACCGAGCCGGAAAAUCCGGUAGAGGCGAUGCAGCAAAUGGGUCUGGUCUUCACGCAUGUUGCACGACCAAAUCCUUUAUUCGAGUUAUUGGGUAUAGCGUGUUAUCCGAAUAGGGAGUCAGCGAGAUAUAACGGCCGCAUGCUGAUUCCUUUUGUUGGUAAGGGUCAAACAAAGAGCCGUAGAGGUAGCUAAUAAAUAUUAAAAAUUUCG